AUGGCCGCACAAACCACCAGCAACUCUGCUGCUUCCUCGGCAGGCCGAAGCAACACCGCAGCUACGCCAGCCAACCAACUCGCCAACAUUGCAAAGCUACUUGGAUCUCACGUCACCUUCACCGUCGGCGAGAAACAGACCCGGACUCUCUCUGGCAAGCUCUGGGCGUAUGAUCCUACUCUCGGAGUCGUCGGUCUCGAAUGCGAACCCACGACGCUGCCGUCGCACCUUUCGUCUGCACCUGCUGCGGCAGCCUCGGUAGCCCAAGCUUCUCAGACCUCUCGCAACCGCUUCGCACAGCCUUCCGCCGCCGUGGGCUUCACCAUCGUCAAAGUGUCCGAGAUCAAGAAGAUCGAAUUUCAGCAAACAUCAGACUCGGCGAAUGGAGCCGCGCCUGUCUCCAAGCCCAAGGCGGACAGCCUUACACAGAUCUACCCGGUAUCUCUCAAGGCGGCUCAGUUGCGCGAGGCUGAUGCUGUCAAGCAGAGUCUCACCAAGGUCGCACGCACCGGAAAGGAUGUUUCGCAGCUCGGACAGCAGAUCUUCGACGCCUUGAGCAAGACUCUGCCAUGCCGAUGGCACGAAUCGCACAUCAUCGUCAUGGAAGAAGUGGUCAUAUCAGGUCCCGGCUACGAUCCAGCUUCCACCAACGUUCCCGGCUACACACAAGAGCAACUUCAGUCGUUUAUCGACGGUACCUACAAGGGCUCCGUACCAGAAGGCGCCCAAUCCAAGGCCAACAGCUGGCAACGGGUCACAAAGGUGCUGCAAGGAGAAAGGCGUAAGAUGAACGCAGCAUGA